AUGGAUAAUGAGGCAGUUGAUACAACAAGUAUUAGAGAAGGUAUCUUAUUUUAUCAAGAUGCGGAUGGUAACACAGGUUAUUAUUGGGACUCUGAAGUUGGAAUAUGUGCUCCUUCAUUAAUACCAACAGAAUCUGAAUUAUGGAAAGAUCAAGAAAUAUCAGGUGAUACUCCAGAUCUUGAUGCGAUAAAUUAUCAAAGAAUUGCUCAACGAAUGAAUCAAAAUCGAAAUCGAAAUCGAAAUCAUCUUAAUGAUAUUUCUCAGGAUGAAAAAUGUAAUAAAAACAUUACAAUUAUUGAUAAUGUUAUUGAUGAUUUUUCUUCAUCAUCUUUAUCAUCAUUACAAAAAGAUCUUUUGAUUAUUGAAAAUAAUGAAUCUGCGGAAUCACUUGUCGAACCUGUUGAGAAAAUGUCCCUUUAUCCAUCCUCCAUCCCUGAAAGUCCUUCUUCAACUUUAAUUGAACCUGUUAGGAAUUUAUCUUUGAAUGAUUCUUCAUUAAAUAAUAAUCAAGACUCUUUAUACUAUGAUAGCAGCAACUUUAAUCUUUAUCGUCAGGAAUCAUAUUUAUUAACAGAUUUUUUCACUGAUUCAUGUCAUGAAUCUUUUGAAGAUGAUCCAGGUGGUGGAAAUUAUGAAGGAAAUGAUGAAAGAAAUUAUGAAGGAAAUUAUGACCGAAAUUAUGACCGAAAUUAUGACCGAAAUUAUGAUCUAAAUUAUGAUCGAAAUUAUGAUCGAAAUUAUGAUCGAAAUUAUGAUCGAAAUUAUGAUCGAAAUUAUGAUCGAAAUUAUGACCGAAAUUAUGAAGGUAGUGAAAAUGAUGAAAAUGAUAUAAUUAAUAAUAAUGAAAUUAAUAAUGGAUUUAAUAAUGGAUUUAAUAAUGGAUUUAAUAAUGGAUUUAAUAAUGGAUUUAAUUAUGGAUUUAAUAAUUUGAAUGAUACUAAUGAUGUCACUAUGGAAGAGAGAAAAUUUGAUGAUAUUGAACCACCAUCACCGACAUCUACACGUGAUCCAGAAAGUGAUUGUCCAACAUUAAGUCAAUCAGAGGCAAUUGCUUGGGAAUAUUUGCAACAUUUUGUAGGUCGAGAAUUUCAAGAUGAAGCAGGAUUGGAUUAUGGUGAAAAUCCCGGUGGAAAAGUUUGGGAUGAUGAUGAAGGCAUGGAUCCAUCAGAAAAUCAAUAA